UGCGUGGGACACUCGCCCUACUCGCCACGAGGAUGCGUCGGAAGUGCUGAUUGAAUUUCGGCGUGGUUGUAGCAACAUGGACGUCCGUGGUGGCGGCGCCCGAGAGACAGUGUGGGUCCGACGGAGUGUUUGGCCGGAGGUGCGUGAUCCCCUCCGCUGCGUGUGCCCGCUGUCGCCGCCGCCGCCGCCGUCACCGCCGCCCGCACUCGCCGCCACCCGGGCCGCCCGCCCAUCUUAGUCUACGGGGCGGCCGUCUUGUUUUGUUCCUGCACCGUCAGCACAGACUAUCGCGUGACUGGAGACAGACUCUGUCGUGUCUAUGAUGCACCGGGACGUGGCACGCGCGGGAGCAGGCCCCGCUGGUGGGCGUCUCCGGCAGGAGUCCUCUGCACCGCCACCACCCGCCGCGGCGUGAACUCGCUCUUAUAAUAACACAAUUUUGUCAUUUUCCGUAGAAGAAAAAUACUAACCAUUGGACAAUUUAGUAAAAUUCUCUGAUCCUUUGAGUAAAAACUUGAAAUAAAUCUAGUUAGUGUGUGAGCAGCCAGCCAGUCUGUCUGUCUGUCUGUCUGUCUGUCAUCCCUUACGCGAUACCAGCACCACGACCCACGACGCCCGUGCUACUCCUUAACGCUCGUCUCUGUCGCCAAUGCCGCCGGCCGCGACGCCCACACACAAGCAAUAACUGUUGAGGGGCGAUAAGACUGGCAACGUGAGGCCUGAGGUCACCCGUGGCAGCGGUGGCCAGAGUGACCUAUCGCGGGGCGUGGCCCGGUUGGGUGGGCGCCAGGCCUGGUCUGGACACAGGCUGGUCGGCCUGUCUCGCCCAUAAUAGAUGACCUACGAGGUCAAGUUACCCUGACGCCAAGCAACAUUUUCCUCUCCCUCGCGAGUCUCGGGAAGGAAGCGCCACAGCACACACCAGCAGGACAACAUUCCGCCACCAUGCUGAAGGAAGGCUCCCUCUCCUGCUCCGGUGGCAGCACUAGCGCCUUCAGGGUCGUCACGCCCAAGGACCGGGACAAGGUAGACGGAGUGUCCGCGGCGCCCCUGCUGAGCCUCCCGGUGCCGCCGCCGCCGCCCCUGGUGUCCCAGAGCUCGGUGGGAGGGCUGGGCGGGUCGCUGUCCCUGGGCGGGUCCCUCCCGUUCCCCUACCACCCCCGCCUGUGGCCCGCUCCGCCCCUCGGCCUCUCCACCAACCUUCUCCGAGAGUCCCCCUUCUCGCUCCUCCCCUUCCUGCCGCGCCAGCCACCCGCCAGCCUGCCCGCCCACGUCACCUCCCCCGCCCACGCCCCGCACACCCUCACAUCCUCGCCCAUCGGACCAAUCACCUCGCCGCUCUUCACCAGUGCGGGUGCCUACACUAAGGAUGCCAAGCUGAUGACCGAGGCGGAGAGUGACGCGCGGGGCUCCUGCAGACCCGCCAAGGCCGACACCGCCACCAGCGCCAGGGCGUCCUUCGAGCGCUCCUCCUUCACCAUCUCGUCCCUGGUGGGCCGCAGUCUCUCGCCCUGGGCCAGCCACGUGGACGACGGCCCGAGGAAGACCAAGGAGGAGGAGGAGGAAGAAGAGGAGGAACACAUCGAGGUGGUGGACAGUGUGGAGGAGCCUCUAAUGACAGACUCCCAGGACGCGCCCGGCGACCACCUCAAGGAGGACGGAGACAAGUCCCCCUCGGGCCGCGCGCUGUCCCCUCUGCCGCCGCGCGACGCCAGCCCCGUCGUCACGUCCUCCAUCUUCGAGAGCCUGUCCUCCGCGGCGGCGGCGGCCAAGGCGCCCAUGCCUGAGUUCAGCGUGGCGCUCAACCUGUCAUCCAAGCAGGACGAGACCACCACACCAAGCCUACGCGAGCCGCUUGUGGCCAGCAAGGUGAGCGAGGGCGGCAGUGUGGGUUCCCCGCUGUCCCCACGCGAGGCGCCCACCUUCCCUCACAGCCGCCCCUUCCUGCCCUCGCUGCCCUUGCACGCCCGCGACACCCUGCUUGAGAUGCCGCGGCCCCACCUCCCCCUGGGCCUGUACCCCCCGCCGCCCCUCGUCCUCUUCAAGAAGGACGGCGAGGCCUCCUCCUCCUCGUCAACUCUGGACGCGAACCGGAACAGCCUGGCGGUGUCCUACCCGUCGUCUUUCAACUACUCCUUCCCGUGGAGCAUGGCCAGUUCGGAAACUCUAUUCCCUUGGUCUUUGCCCACGCACGGCUCGCUGCCCCUAGACGGCUCGCUGGUCAAGCCACUGCCCCUCGGGGACGUGUACUCGUGCAUCAAGUGCGAGAAGAUGUUCAGCACGCCACACGGCCUCGAAGUGCACUCUCGUCGCUCACACAACGGCAAGCGGCCCUUCGCCUGCGAGUACUGCAAUAAGACCUUCGGCCACGAGAUCAGCCUCACGCAGCACAGGGCGGUUCACAACGCGGAGAAGGUGUUUGAAUGCAAGCAGUGUGGCAAGUGCUUCAAGCGGUCCUCCACGCUGUCCACGCACCUGCUCAUCCACUCCGACACGCGCCCCUACCCGUGCCAGUAUUGCGGCAAGCGCUUCCACCAGAAGUCUGACAUGAAGAAGCACACUUACAUCCACACAGGUGAGAAGCCCCACAAGUGCACAGUGUGCGGCAAGGCGUUCAGUCAGUCGUCCAACCUCAUCACGCACAGCAGGAAGCACACAGGCUUCAAGCCCUUUGCCUGUGACCUGUGCGGCAGGUCCUUCCAGCGCAAGGUGGACCUCAGGCGGCACAAGGAGACGCAGCACACGGACCUGCGCACGCCGCAGCCCGUCACGGACCUGAGGGCACCAGUAACCACGGAGCUCAGGACGCAGAUGACGGACAUGCGCUCCCCGGUGUCCGCGCUGGCUGACACCAGGUCACAGAUGACGGACGUGCGGUCACACUUGGGGGAGGUGCGGCCACCAAUGCCAGAGGUUCGUUCACCGAUGACAGAGGUGCGCUCCUCCAUGGCGGAGGUGAGGCCACAAGCACCAGAGGUCAGAUCGUCCAUGUCUGACAUGAGGUCACAGAUUCCUGACGUGAGGACAUCUCUGGGAGGGGUCAGGUCCCCCGCGCCUGACGUCAGAAAUCCCCCUACCAGCCUUAGAAGUCACAGCGGCGACCCCCACCACGUGAGUGACGUGAGGAGUCAGGUGGGCGCACACGGCGCCGAGCUGCGAGGCCAGAUGGGUGAGCUGCGGCCUGCCAUCACAGACAUCAGGCCGCAGGUGAGCGAGGCACGCCCUAAGGUGAGCGACGGUGGCUUGGACCUCCGCGCAACCACCAUCUCAGAGUUCCGCUCACAAAUGUCGGACCUGCGGCCCCAGGAGCUGCGGCCUCUUAGCUAAGGGCUGCGGGAGGUGCCGCUCCAGCCAGACAUCUUGAACCUGACGGACUCAGCAGGACGGCGGCGACGACUGGCAGGACCACGUUGUGCCACUACCAGCGCAGCCACCACAGCCGCCGCCACCCUACCGCCACACCUCGGGCACUCCCCUGCAUGGCGCCACAAUGGAGUCCAUCCUGGCGGGGCCUUGGGAGAGCAGGAAACCCUUUCCCGCCUGAUGAGGGGUGGUGGAGCUUGGGGAAUGCCACGGGGCUCCCUCAAGAAAGCUAAUUUCCUUCAUGUUAGCUAAAAAUUGUGGAGCAGCUGCAACGCCUCGUGCUAAAUGGUGAUGACAGCUUCGCGGCAGCUGGGGCACACUGGCCCGCUCUCACACUGGUUCAAAGCUUGCAACUCCAAAAUUAAAUAAAUGCAAUUGUUAGUUGACAGUUGGAUGUGUUCUAUUUACUACAAGUGUGCUGUGCGUGACGCUUUGGACGCGAGGCAAGAUGUUGUGGCCUUCCUCGCCGAUCCACUCACUCGACUCGCCGCUGCGCGAGGUCACCAGACUCUUCAUGGUAUCUUUGGCCCAACACGUCUACUUUAUACUCUAGUCAUGUAUUGUUUCUGGAGGCUUGAGUCUCAUCUCAUUUUCUAUGAGUGUUGUUACUGCUGGCGCGCCGCUCUGUGUACAUACUUGCGCCCGGCCCCGGGACGCCCGCCGCGCUGCGCCGCGCCCGUCGUACCCACCACCGCUCCUUUCCCUCACUGGGCGCCCCUGGACGGUCAUGGAAACGUGUGGAACGACGCACCAAGUGGUGUGGGUCUGGGAGGUUGCCGAAUGGUUAGCUGAGGCGUCACUUUGACUGCUGCCGCAGUGACAGGCCUCUCUGAACCCUAGCCGCCCCGCAGCCCGCGCCCCACCAAAGGACAGACCACAUUAGUGACCUCUGCUGUAUUCUUGUGGCGCGUACCAGCAGACCCAGAGUGCGUGCCCUCAGGGCCUUCCUGGCCGCCGUCACGCCAAGGUUUCUCCACAACGAAUAUUAGUGUUAAUUAGGACAGUCACCCCGCGUACACCUACUCCUCCUCGCGGCGUCCCGCGUGCGUCAGGGAGUAGCCAGGGUGCCGGCAGCCGUGCCCGAUCCUGUGAUGGUGUGAGGGCCACCCACAUUCCUACACUGGUGAUGCCACACACACACACACACACACACACACACACACACACACACACACAGAUGUAUAAUGUGUAAAUCAGAGAGACAAAAUGAUAUCCACGGCCCAGCCUCACUGCAGGGGCGCCGCGGGUGACGGUGCAGGCUCCGCCGAGGCUCGCCGGCCCCUUCUUCUCCCUCACGCCGCGGGAAGCGACCCACAAUCUCGUUACACUUUUACCAUUCGUGUUACCUUCAUUUGUAAGUGUUGCGUAAUCUUUAAGUGUUGCUAUAUUUUAUAUCCUCACGCGUCACCUCUCUCUCUCUCUCUCUCUCUCUCUCUCUCUCUCUCUCUCUCUCUCUCUCUCUCUCUCUCUCUCUCUCUCUCUCUCUCUCUCUCUCUCUCCGGGCGCCGCUUGGUCCACGCCCACCUUCAUUGAGCUCCGUGACACAUCCCCACUCCCUCUCCAACCUGUCACCUGCAGACCUUCAACCUUGAACCCUAAACCCUCAAACCCACGUCGCCCCAGAGCCCCACACCAAGCUCUGAAGCCCUGAGCCCAGAGAUUUUGUGCUUCACGCAGACAACCCCAGCCAACACCCCACCACACCACACCACCACCACCACCACUACUUCUAUGUCAACCCCCUCACUCUUGUCUCAGCCUUCCGACGAUGACCACCACCACACACACACACACACACACACACACACACACACACACACACACACACACCAUCAUUUUGCUAAGUAUGGCAUCCCCCUCCUCGUUCUCCUCCUCCUCCUUCUCCCUCAUCCUCUGGCUGCGACACAAGUAAUGUCCUUCCCUCUAAUGCUCACUGCUGACGUCUCAUGCUGCGCCGCCCCUCACCCACUUGUCUUCCCUCAAUUUCACGGCGUUUCCCAUCCUUCACCCUUUAGUUAUUGGGUUAUUUUCCUCCAUAGCAAUUCACAACAUUUGAAGGCUUUUUUUUCGGUGAUACGGUCAAUAUUUAUGUCAUUUGGAAAAAAUACAAAUACAAAAACAAAUAAUCGCCUUUUUUCUUCUUCUCUGUGUCUCUCGUUAUUUUUUUUACGAUGUCCUUAACAUUAACAAAACAUAUGACUGUUGUAGUGAUAAAAGGGUAAAGGUGCAUGAUAUAAGGGCGCUACAAGGAGUCAAUAGGUCUAUGUACAUGUGGCUGUCCCUGAAUGAAAUAUGCCUAUCUAUAUAAUUUCUUCACCUAUGAAUAUUGCUCUCAUCUUUAAAUCUGUCUGACUUCUUGAAACUCUCUAACCACCCAUUGUUAAUAAUCUGAGUCUAUUCCAAGUACUCAAGAUCGUUCUGCAAAGUGUGCACCAGUAAUCAUUGUUUCUUUCAUGUAAAAUAUCACUACUUUCACUUCCUACUUGAUAUAUUGCAGGGUUCCAUGUGCAGAUCAAGUUGUCUAUUUUUCUUUAUUUGGUUGUCGCACUCUCUCUCUCUCUCUCUCUCUCUCUCUCUCUCUCUCUCUCUCUCUCUCUCUCUCUCUCUCUCUCUCUCUCUCUCUCUCUCUCUCUCUCUCUCUCUCUCUCUCUCUCUCUUGUACCAGUAACCAUUGUCACACGUAUCCUCCUUGUUUCGUCGUCUUUUUUACCUAAGUCUUCCUCUUUCUCUUCCUUUUCCUCCCCCCGUUUACUCACUCCCUUGAAAUACAAAUAGAUCUGAGUUAUCAUAUUUAUUUCACUUCAUUCCGGUACUAAUCUUCUAAACUAUUUAUUUCCUUUUUCCUUCCUUCCUUCGUUCUUUCUUUCAUGUGUAAAUAGUACUUCCUGCUCUCUCUCUCUCUCUCUCUCUCUCUCUCUCUCUCUCUCUCUCUCUCUCUCUCUCUCUCUCUCUCUCUCUCUCUCUCUCUCUCUCUCUCUCUCUCUCUCUCUCGUAUUUUCUUCUCUUCAUUCAUUCGUCCUUUUCGUGUUCGUGCCUCCCUUCAUUCAUCUUCCCUUCUCUUCUUUACCCUUUCUUUAUCUUUUCGCAUGAUGCCCCUCCUCAGUUUUCCUUUUCUUUUCCUCUUCUCUUUCUUCUCUUUCCCAUCCUAUAUACCCUAACAAACCAACCCGCCUUUCUUCUCCUCCCAACGUAUGUGUUUUUAUCCCUAUCCAUUCCUUAUCAAUCACUAUAACACCUUUCUGCUCUUAAUUCUGUCCCCAGACCUCAUAAUCUACCCUUCUUGCCUUAUCUAAGCAGCCCAACCCGUCUUUGUUCCAUUCCCAGUCCCGUGCGUUCCCUUUCCUCUAUCCCUUUCUUCCUUAUCCAUCCCUUAUCUAGCCUUACAACACCUUUCUGCUCUUAAUUCAGCCCCCCAGACCUCCUAACCUAUCCUUACUGUCCCUUCUAAGCAGCCCAACCCGCCUUUCUUCCGCUCCCUGUCCUGUGUGUUCCCUGCCUCCUUGCCCCCCUGCCUCCCUGUCUCCCUCGCGCCACGUGUCCUCCCCCGUCAGCUUGCCCCUGUAAUCUGUGUCUAGUGCCCCGGUCCGCUGCUGAGCUGCUGUAGAGACACACACGAGUCCUGUAUCCUGCCAUUAUGUACUGUAAAGAAGUUUAUUAGAGUUAUGAUUGAUGCCAUGCGUGUACCUUUGUUUAAUAAAAUAUUACAUAUA